AUGGGCUUGCCAAAAGAAGAUCCAUUCACAGAUUUUGAUAUCUUCGGUGUUGAGUUCAUCCGGUCAUCGGCUGCUUUGGUUGCCGUGUCUUCUUCCGUCGAUCAGAUCCAACGUUUCAGUGUUAUAGUGGUUAACCGAAAUAUGUAUGGGAUUUUGAUUGUUGGUUGUAGCCAAAUUGGCAUAAUGAAUAAAAAAAAUGGCAAAGCUUCGUGGGAUAUAAGAGCCAUAAAGGUCUUUAUUGACCUGUUUAUUGAAGAAGUUGAAAAAGGGGGAAGAAGAGGAACUAGCUUGACAAAGCCUGCUUGGACAAGUAUUGAGGAGAACUUUACUACAAAGACUAGGAGAGUUUAUAUGAGAAUCCAAUUAAAGAACAAAUUUGAUACCUUGCGAAAGGAGUGGCAGUUAUGGGAUAGGCUGCUCCGUGAGAUAGGUUUAGGGUGGGAUGCCGAAAGGAAUACUGUUAGUGCCCCUGAUGAUUGGUGGGAGAAGAAAACAGAAGUUCCAGGCUAUGAGAAAUUUAGAGAAAGAGGGCUUCAAUUUCGGGCUGAAUUGACUCAACUCUUUGGGUAUGUAGCUACGGCUGGACCACAGUCAUGA